GGAAAAUCUAGGUUUGAACAGAGAAAGUACGGGCGGUCGGUUACAGUGUACACAGCACAAACCCCAUCCUCUCUCCAAUUAACUUCGUUCCGACUUCUUGAGUUCUUUCUGAUGGGUAGUCGGCGGCGUAGAAGAAAACCCGCAACCGAUCUAAUAAGUCAACUGCCGGCAGACACAAAGGACCUAAUUUUGAAGUUCUUGCCCAUUCAAGACGCUGCCAGAACCGCCCUUCUCUCAACCGGUUGGAAGGAUGUUUGGUAUCAUCACGGGCAGCUUCUGUUUGGUACGGACUUCUUCAGCUUUUCCCGAUCAAACCGCUGUCACCGCGGCGGCGUAGGCCGCAUAAACACAAUUAAUAAUGUUCUCAUGCUCCGAGCGGGUCAGGUCAACAAAUUUGAGCUUCAGAUUCACCAUUGGGAUGAUCCUAUACCGGAGCAGUCUGAUCUGGACCGGUGGUGUCUUUUCCUGUCAAGGAAGGGAAUUGAGGAACUUGAGCUCUCUAUUACACUUCCCGGUCUGCAAUAUACUCUGCCGAAUUGUAUAUUCUCCUGCCCGACUAUAAAGCAACUCGUCCUCCGGGGUUUCGUUCUUGAUUGCCCCGUUAGUCCCCGCAUUGUGUUUCCCGCGGUCAAGCUAUUAGUUUUGGAUGGUGUGGAGUUUAAACCGAAUGUUCGCGGAACCGUCUCGAGUAUUCCUAAUCUUGAGGAGCUGGUUUUAUGUCCUUGUGAUGGGAGUAAUAAUUUCGUGUUUAAUGCUCCAAAACUUGAAGGCCUGGGUGUUGAUGUUUCUCCAUGUGUGACUGAUGAAUGGGGAUGUUAUGCCCUUCAUCAGGCACAAGUUAAGACUCUUUACUUGUCUGCUGAUCCUCUUUGGAGACACUCAUGGAAGUAUGGUACCUGAUUCCAUCAAUGGUCACACCGACACGUUUGGUCUUCAAUCUAUUAUGCAAAAAUUGAAAGAUGAGUAUCAAAAGUGCCAUUUUACAAUGCCAGGGGAUUACAAUUGUAAAAGUUCAAAGAAUGGUUAAAUCUGAUGCCAUUACCUCGCCGGUUUUCCCAAUUGCUAUUAAUUUAGAGAUAGUUAAAGUGCGUGGAAUUAGUUUUGCUUGCAAGAAGGACGUCAGCCUGGCUCUCCAAUUUCUUCAAAAAUGCCCAAAGCUAAUGGAUCUGAGAAUAGAUGGUAGAAGUUCAGAAAAUGUAAUUGCGAGUCUUUCAGAGGAUCCUCCAGACGAUGGCUUUAUAAUUGAUAAGGAUAUGAUCAUGCUUAAAACGGUAAAGAUAUGUCCAUUUCACGGGUACAAACAGGAAAUGCACUACGUUAAAUCAAUCCUCUUAAAGUCUCCCGUGCUUGAGGAACUUGUUAUUAUGGAUUCGUGUAAUGUUAACGCCUCCGUGUCUCUCAAGAUUGCUAGGGAGUUGAUGAGUUUCCCUCGUGCAUCUCCAAAAGCGCGGCUUGUCUUCAUGGAGUACCAGCGUUGUUGGGAUUGUUGGUUUUCCUGAGGUCUUGGAACUUGCUGCACUAUGUUAAGUGCAUGAUCCAAAAGUACUAUCUCUAGCUCACCAGGAUGGCUCUCUUGAGGUUUCUUAAGUAACAUGCUCUAUAGUCUAUUGAAUUUUUUCAACUUUAGUUCUUUGACUAUUGUAACAUAGAUUCUAUAGGGAAUGUUUUUCACUUUUACUCUUUUUACUAUUGUAAGUAUUGUAACAUUAGCAGUUUUAUUGGUCGUCCUCGAGUAUGGUAAUUUGGUAACUGAAUGACCAAAGUGUCAUUGUUACAUUAUUUGGAGCACUAAAA